AUGACCGACGUGUUUCUAGAGUCGCCGCCGGCGCUGUCCACCAUGAGCGCUCUCUUCAUCGGUUGGGGGCAACUGCUGGCUUUCGACCUGUCUCUCACCAGCGACAACUCUUCCGAGCCCUUGGACAUCGACUGCAACGACGGGACCGGGGCCGGAGGGGUCGACGUGUGGUGUCCCCUUGGGGCGGAGUCGGACCCCAUCCCAUUUUACAGGUCGGACGCGGCACUGUCGGACGACGACGGCGCCCUGAGCGAGGAGACGAGGAGCCCCGUCAAUUACGCAACCGCGUUCGUGGACCUCGACUUCGUGUACGGGCGGAGCGAGGACGACGCCGCUGCCCUGCGGUCGUCCGCGGACGGCGACGGUUUCAUGGCCCUCACAGAGAGCGGCUUGCCCUACGUGAACGAUGACGGGACUUGGCUGAUCGCGGACCAACGAUCGGCCCAAUUCCCGGUCACGUUCGCGCUGCACGUCAUGCUUCUCCUCGAGCACAACCGCUGCUGCAUCGACAUCGCGCCCGGCGAGGGCUUCGAGGGUGACGAGGACAUCUACCAGGCAUGCCGGGGGUGGACCAUAGCCGUUUUCCAGCACAUCACGGAGAACGAUUUUCUAAUCCGCCUCCUGGGGGGUAACAUCCAGGACCUCGGCGAAAGCAUGUCGUCGUCGUCGUCCUCGUUGUCGUCGGUGUCGGUGUCGUCGGUGUCGUCGUCGUCUUCGUCAACAACAACGACAACGGAAGCAACAACAGCGCCAACGGAAGCAAUAGCAGCGCCAACGGAAGCAACAGCAGCGCCAGAGGAAGCAACAACAGCGCCAACGGAAGCAGCAUCAGCGCCAGUGAAUGCCACAACAGCGCCAACCGAAGCGACAACAGCGCCAACGGAAUCGAUAACAGCGCCUGCGGAGGCGACAACAGUGCCUGUGGAAGCGACGACAGCGCCAGUGGAAGCGACAACAGCGCCAGUAGAAGCGACAACACCACCUGCGGACAGCGGCGAUGGUAGCGGCGAUGGUAGCGCCGGUGGCAGGGGAGAAGAACGGAGAAGAAUUAGGAGGAGGGGGCUAGAGGAAAGGAGAGGGGAAGCACUAGGUGGGGCGCAGGACGGGCGGCGGGAGGGAGGGUGGAUUUUUCUGGAACGAGUGUUUGGCCUAUUCUGUGGUGGCAUGCAUAUUUUUUCUAAAAUAUCGAAUAUCGCUCUUCACCAACUCAAUCGCAACCGUCACAAAUCAGACGAAGACGAACGCGAGCAUCCGGUGCCCGGGCGGCAGAGCAGGAGGGGCCUGUGGCUGACCACGGACUACGACGAGAACAUUAACCCGGGCGCCGACACCUUCACCUUGACGGCCGGGGCGGCGGCCUUCGAGUCGGCCCUGCCGUCCACUGUGCGGGUGGUCGGGGAAGGCUACGAGUCGACACGGUACGACAACAUUGAGCUCGCCGCGGCCGUCGGGGCCGACAGCCUCGUGUCCUUCUUCAACAACGUAAAGGUUGUGGACGUGUUGCGAGGGGCGGUGUUGUCCCCGGUGUAUGCAGCCGACACUCACUACACCGCGGCGGUCUCGAACGGGUCUCCGCUGUUCAAGCUCCCGGUGGACUCGGUGCAACGGGGGAGGGACCACGGGCUGCCGACCUACAACGAUGCUCGGGCGGCGUUCGGGCUCUCGGAGGCGACCACUUUCACAGACGUCACCACGUCGUCGUCGUCGACGUCAUCAUCGAUGACGACCAUAACGUCAUCUUCCGGUUCCGACGCCGACGAGGAGGUGGCGGACAUCCUCUCGACGGCAUACGGGGGCAACGUGUCGACCCUCGACGCUGUGACCGGGGCCCUGGCCGAGCCGACGAUGGCGAGCUCAGGGGGCUUCUUCGGGGAGCUACUGCACGCCGCCUGGCUGGAGCAGAUGUACAGAGCCUUUCAGGGCGACCGGUUCCACCACCUCCACUCCAGGGACAUCGAGGAUGCCUCCCUCACCACCAUCUCGGACCUGAUCAACCGGACGACCGGUGCCACCGACAUCCCGCUGUCGGCCUUCGUGGCAGCCACCGUGGAGGUGUGCGGCGCGGACUGCUCGUCGAUCGGGGUGUCGGAGGCCGACCUUUCGGACAGCUACUCGAUCGCGUGGGAGGUGCUUGAAGACAACACCAUGACGAUGUCGCUCAGCGCGAAGGGCAUCGGCGACACCGGGAUGCUGGGAAUCGGCUGGGGAGGACUCACCAUGAGCGACGCCCAGGAUUUCGUGAUCUGCGAGGUGCUCUCGUCGACCGAGGCGGAGUGCAUCGACCGGCAGGCGACGGGUGGGCGGUCCGUCCCGGAACCGGAUGACGAGGACGACCCUUACCUCGAGGUCUUGAGCGUGGAGGUGGAGGGCGAGUGGACGACGGUGCAGUUCUUGAGAUCUUUCACCACCCUCGACGAUCAGGACUACGACCUCUCCCAGGCAAUCGAAGACCUCGACAACGAGGAAGACACAGAAGUCAUCUACUCCUUCCGAGAGGGGGCCGGGGUCGGCCAGCACCCAAAUGCCAACCGAGGCGCCAGCACCGUCAACUUUGCCACGGGAGACGUCGAGAACGAGUGCGACGAGAACAACUUCGUGUCCAUACACGGGGCGCUCAUGCUCGUCGCGUGGAUGAUCCUGGCACCGUGGGGCAUCUACUACGUCAGGCAAGUUGUUUCUAGGGCACCGGUUUCUUUGGGUCCCUUUCUGUUCGCAACCUUUUCGUUGCUCAAACUAUAUUGUCAAGUCAGUCUCCUUGGACAACGUGCAUGUAUGCACCGCUGGCGUUGCCCCCCGUCCCUUGCUCCCCUCUCGACUGCCUCUAGGUACCGCAAGGGAGAGGAGAUCGACUUCAUCUGGCGCUACCAGUGGUGGGAGAUGCACGAGGAGAUCAUGAUCGUAGCCUCGGAGGCAGUUUUGCCUCUCGGCAUCACAGCUAUUUUCGCGCCGGGGGGAGAGCACCAGCACGAGCACGCGCACUGGGGGUACUACAUGAUCGUCGCGGUUGUCGCCCAAGUUCUGUCGGGCUGGCUGCGAGUGAAAGGGCUGGGAGGAAAGAACGCCAAUUUUUCCCUCUUUCACCGGUGCAACAAGUUCUUCCACAUCUACGCCGGGCGUUUCGCCUACUUGGCCGGCGUGGUGCAGUGCUACCGGGGACUGGAGCUCGUGGCCAGCGACGACCAGCUCAUUUUUUCGGCGGGGGACGGCCUUGACCUACAGCUGGGGAGCUUCGGGCUCGUGUACGAGUACGGCUUCCCCGCGUGGUUCGCCCUGAUCGCCCUGAUAUUCCUGUAUCUCGAGACAAGUAAGCAGUUCCGCCGCUACUUCAAAAAGGGAUCCGCCAACGUUCUAGGGUGUCUUGAGGUCGUCAACGAGGGCUACAAGGGUGACGACGGAGACGACGGCGAGCAGUUGAAGAACGAGAGGCUCAUGCCCAGAACCGAGGACCUGCCCAUCUACAGCGUCGCGGAGUUCAACGACAAGGUGCUGAACGGGCAGAGCUGGGUGCUCGUGGACGGGGCCAUCCUGGACGUGUCCGACUUCGCGAAGCGGCACCCGGGGGGCCAGCGCCUCAUUAUCAACGCGCUGGGCACGGACAUCACCCAGGAACUUCUCGGCGAAGACCUGUCCGUGGGGCACGCCAUGUCGUUCUCCCCACACGUUCACAGCGAGAGAGCUUGGACGAUCCUGCGGACGCUGGUGGUGGGGUACAUCGAGGAGGGGGAGGACGACAAUGGCGGCGGUGACAGUGACGGUGGACAAGAGCAGCAGCAACGGGCGAGGGCGGGGAGUGGGGCGCGCGACAGCGCCGCCGAGAGAACGGCAAGGGAUGGCAGCGUCAGCGAGGUCCGGCGGCCUUCUUCAGUAGGAGCGAACGUGGGGGCGACGGCGCGGGGGGGGGAGGCGCAGGUGGUGCCGGCGGCAGGAGGGCAGGGGGCGAAGAGGCAGAACCACAAGUUCCGGGUCGCCGGGCAUGCGGUGAUGCUCGUGGCGGGGAGGGGCGGCGGCGGCGGCGGCGGCGGCCUCACGGGGGACGCCCUGGCAAGUAAGGCACAGCGGCUGAACCCGAUAGCGAGCAUACCGGACAAGGUCGUUUCCCCCCCCGUCAACGCGAGGGAACAUCUCGUCUCGGACCACGUGAUCCCGCGCGUAGUGGAGGGGCCCCGACCCCGAGCACCUCCGAAGGGAAGCAACUCCAACGACAAGCGGCUGCUCGAGAGGUUCCACGUGUGCCCCCUCCUGUUUCGGGAGAGGAUGGGGGCGACCAGCGCCGUGGGGCGGGGCAACCUGCCCACCACCCGCCCGGUGUACCGGUACAUCUUUCUGUGCCCCGGCCAGGCGCAGGUUUUGAACAUCACCGGGGUCUGCUACUUCAACAUGCGGGCCCAAGAAAAGGGGAAGGGCGUCAUCCAGCGAUCCUACAACGCGUACGCGGUGAGGGUGCGUGACACCAACCCUACCCCGGCCGUGGGAGGGAUGCUGAUGGGCGGACUUUCGCACGGUGGCGACAAGGGGGCCGGGACGCUCAAAGUCGUCCCGGCUAGCCAAACGACGGAGGGGGUGCUGUGCAUAGAGAUGCGCAUCAGGCUGUACCACGACGGGGCCAUGAGCAAGCUGCUGGAAAGGCUCGCGAAGGACACAGACAACCCCGCGGUACAGCUGCAGGGCCCCUUCGUGAUCCAGAAGCUAGUCCCGCCGCCUGCGCACCGGAACGUCGUCAUGAUCGCCGCGGGCACGGGCAUCAACCCAAUGGUGCAACAAAUCCGAGACUACCUGGCCCUGCCGAGAGUUGCCGCGCAGUCCUCGAGGUCUCGGCUGGCCCUGGUGUGGCAAGCGACAAGCGAGGCCGACCUCUACGGCUCUGAAGAGAUGACGGAACUGCAGGCGAAGAGCAACGGCCUUCUCGAGGUGACCGUGCUCAUCAGCGGGGAGCACCGCAAGAGGAACAUCCCCGGGGCCGCGUUCCGGAAGGGUGCCGGGAAGCUCCUGGCCAAGACCGGCCUCGUCUCUCCGGCGGCGGCGUCGCCCGCCAGCUCCUUCAGGACCAUGCCGAGCGGGAGGCGAGUGCGUGUGCCGUCCGGCAAGAACUCCGUCAGCUCGAUCAAGUCAAUCAACGAGACCUCGUCGGUUGUCUUUCCGGAAGACAGCGACAAGGGAGCGCGGGGGGUGGAGAUCUCGACCGGGACUAGCAUUCUCUCCACUGUACGGCGACACUUGCGAACGAGUGAAAGAAUACCUUCGAACACCAGCGUGGCGAGUGCUCUCGCUCACGGCAAGGUCAGCCGCGAGGUCCUCGAGGAAGUUUUCGGCCCUAGCCUGCUCGGGGUCGUGGAGGCGGCCCGCAAGAAGGAGGAGCAGCUCUCCGACACAGUGCGGAAGCGGCUGCAGAGCCUGGCCAGGAGGAACAAGGCCGCGGCGGCCAGGAGAAGGUCGUCGUCGGGCGGGGGGGAGCGCAAUGAGCCGGAGAAAAAGUAUGGCGACGUUGGUGAUGAAGACGAAGAUGACGACGACGACGACGACGUUUUCGCAGACUUUUUGGCGGAUGAGCUUGCCGGGAGCGGUGACACCCCUGGGAAGCUGCAGGUGGUGGUCUCCGGUCCGAGCGGCUUCGUGUUCUACGUGGAAACCAUCCUCACCGAGAUGGGCGUCCUCCCAAGCGCGAUCGUCCUGCUCGACUGAUUCUCUUCUCUCGACAACGGCUUGCUGGCGCCCUCCGAAUCCGAGUGCUGCUGCUCCAGAGUGUUGAUGCAGUACAGUAGAGGGUGUUGAAUGCUUCCAAGUUUUUCAUAUCUGUUGUGUUGGUGUUUUUUUUUCGGUUUGUGCGGAUCAUGUGUAUUCGUUGGGGUCACUACUGAGCAUUCUUUUUUCAGGUGUAGCCGGUGGAACCCGUUGUUUUUUUGAAACCGUUAAAUUUUCAGAGGAUGCGUUUCCCCCCCACUCGUAUUCUGGGGCCAUUUCGGAUUUGUAGGACGAUUCUGUUCGUUUGGAGUGAUGGGAGGAGAGUUGACGUGCAGGGUAACGACCGCACGGUAGACAACGUGGAAAAGGGAAAUUAAGUGCUCAGGAGUAGUUGAGAAAAGAGGGGGAUAAGGAGGAUUGGCCAACUUAGUUUGACCAAGAAUUCUUCGGGGUAAUUUAUUUGUGCGGUUGGUUGCGGCGCGAACGUCAACUUUUGGGUGGAGGAUUGAUUCCUUUGUCGAUGUGUUUUCGGCGGUAUACAAGGCACCCAUCCCCCAAUGGUUGCGUGAAGCCCAGGAUGGUGUUGAUGGUUGGGCGAGCGCACUAUGUGUAGAGCUUUGUUCGUGGUAAGGGUCACGUUUUUCCGUUCACAGCGUUUCGAGGAGGCCUUGUGAGACUCCUUUUUUUACAUUUUUUUUUUUUUUCGUAGGUGGGGCAUGUUUGGUUGCUGGUAUUGCUUGGGCUUUGGGGAGCUUUUCAUCUGCGGGGGGCGGUCCUCUGUUGGCAUCGUGCCCCGUGUCGUCGGUUUAUUCGUGUCUCGGCGACUUCCGUCCGUGCCUUGGUGAGGUUUGUAGGUUGUUUUUUUACGGUUCUUUGUGAUGGCGCCCAUCUUGCAGUGCCGUUCGCUUUGGUUGGUUGGACAACACCGUCGUCUGCUAUCGUGCUUUUUUUUUUUUGUGUUAUACGUUUGCGGGAGAACUUCAUCCUCUCAGGCGGUGAUUGGUUUGACCUUGUUGUGAAAUUUUUGUGGGUACGAUUUUGAAAAAAUUGGCUGACACCAUCAACGUGGUGGGUGUUUUUUGUUGUUGGGGGUGUAUUCUCGAUCUUCGAAAAGAUCUGUGCUGGGUCCCGGGGAGAAGGCCUAGGCGCGCGCGGUCAGCAUGUAUAUGCAGUGAGUGUCGUGAUGCACGGUUACACGUGAAUGUUUUUGGCGGGAGUUUUGGGGUGAUCUCGCUGUCCAAGGGUUAAUUUUUUGUUCGUUUUGGUGAGGUAGGCGUCGCUCGUGGCGCAGCUCGAAGGCGGUGCAAUGGGGGCGGGAGGGGUUCACCAGCUACCCGCGAGGGCGAAGGAGCUAUAUGUAGUAGGUCAAGUUGGCACGCUGUUCUCCUAGCCACCGGCUGUGUGAGGCGCUCGUGGUCCUCAUCAUGGCGCUGAAGUCACAGCUAGUCUUGUCUCGAGAAGGGGUCGGCGGAGCGAGAGAGAGAGCGAGCGUCCCAUAGCCUGGGCCGCGGCGAGUGUCGUCAAUGUAAAGCGUAGAGCUUGAAGAUGGGGUUGCAACGUCGACCGGCUUGUAGCACUCGUGCUUUGUUUUGUUCCACGGCGCACCUCCUUUUGAUCAGGGGUCUUCUCUUCGUUUCACUUCAUUUUCCGGGGUUUAGAGAACGGUUUGGGGGGUAUGCCCAAUUCACGGGGUAAAUGUUGUGCUGGUUGUUCGCUGGUACGGCGCAGUAAAGAACGCUGCCCUUGUCCGUGUCGGUGGUAUAAAGUCCAUGCGCCGUGUAUCAAACGGAAAGGAUGGAGGAGAGAGAAUUAUGUACGAGAGCAAGUCAUGUGAUGGAUGUCUUGGCGCGUGGUUGCGUUGAAGAGCGCCUCCGGCUGUGUGUUGUUGGUUGUUCAGCGUGGUUUUGCGUGUUGUCGAAUGCAAAUGAAGCGCGACGGGCGUUGAGCGAGCAUCGGGGCAUUCGUUUUCAUGCAGUUGUUCCAUCUGCCAGUAUUCUCUAAUUGUGGUCGUCAGUGUUUUCCUCAUCAUCGCGAACCGAAUCGAGUACGUGCCCCCCCGGGGCGUCUUCGUGUGUUUUCGGAACGUGUGCCGGUUUCUUUUUGGCAGAAACACGGAGACAUGAUUCGUCUUUCAUGUCUUUCCCAGCAGCAACAACCAAUCCAGAAAGCGUUUGUGCUCGAUAGGAACGAGCUCGGUACAGG